AUGGAUUAUCAUAGUCUUCACAGUGAGGGUAGCGCACCGGCGCCAUCAACAAUGUCAACACCAUCAACAUCAUCACUCUAUCCUCCAACUCAUCCAUCCAGACUAAUGAACCAAAUGAUGAGCUAUCCAUCACCAUACGGCCAAUACCCAAGCCACCCUGUAUACGACGCACAACCAACCGACAGACCAAACCAAUUGGCCAAUACUGCACCACCAAAUAAAGUGCUUGGACUAUUCGGUCUGAGUCACACGACAGACAAGUACAUGAUACAGAAUGAGUUUAUGAAGUAUGGAAGUCUUGACAAUGUGCAUCUUAUCAUGGACAGGAAGACAAAUCGAUCAAAGUGCUAUGCAUUCGUAUACUUUACCAAUCUCGAAGAUGCCGUCAAGGCCAAGAACGCGUGUCAGGACCUCGUGUUGGACGGAAAGAAGAUCAGAACAGACUACUCGGCAUCUUCAAAGCCACAUGACACUAGUGCUGGUGGUUCGAACCCGGGCGGCGUUCGCUACUCGCCGUACGGCAAUCGAGACAAUGUUCGACCCCAACAGUAUGCAUAUGGAACUUACGACAGAUACAGACAACAAGCACCACCACCACCACCACCACCAUACGGUGGAGCAGAAUACAGACCACCUUUGUUGGACAGACCUUUGGACAGAUACGGACUACCUUAUGGAAGUGCAGUGAGCAAUGAAGUUAGACCAGCCGACAGACCAGCCGACAGACAAACAGAUAGAUUUGGACAAGGUGUUAUUGGAACCAGUACGAACAGGGACACUCAACAGCCUCCAAGAUCACUAGAGAGACCGUCAGGAGAUGAUGACAGAUCACAACAAUACAGAAGAGACGAUAGCAAUGGCAGUAACAGCAAACCUGGCGAAGAUAAGUUUAACGAGUCAAGAUAUACAUCAAGUAACAGCAACAGCAACAACAGAAACGGCAACAAUUCAGUUAGACCAGACAACAGUUACAGUGGAUCCGUUAUCGUUGCACCUCCAUCAAUCAGGAGACCUUAUGAGAGCUAA